AUGACCAUGCAUGAGAUACAGCAACAGCCGAAGGACAGGUUGAUUCCACGGUACAUCCAGUUUCAAUUUCUCUCAAAUCACAUUGAAAAUGAGCUGUCUAACACUUCUCCGGAUAUGCUGCCAGACGCCCUUCGAUGGCGGAAAAUAUCAUAUCUAGCUAGCCUGGGGUAUCUUGGAAGGUAUCCGGGAUACUUUUUUGACGGGAGUGUGAGGAACGAAGAUUAUUUGAACAAGGUGUUGAACAUGAACAUCAUAUCCCAAGAGGAGGAUCUGUACAGUACAGGCGAUUCACAUUUUGCAGGAAACCAUUCAUUAUUGAGCAGCAGCAAACUGGGCUCUAUUGGCGGCGCCACGGAGAUCAGCAACACCGAUGGCAGCUACUACAUGGAGGGCAACAUAAAUUGGAACUCCAGAAACAACCUCGACGACGAUUGGGUGAUGAACCAUCCUCUCAACGUCAAGGACUUGUCGUUACCUACGAGGAUAGAUAUGCCGAAAACAGAAACCAAGGUCAAUCUAUCUGACGACGAGAAAACUGUCGGCACAGAACUCAUUGAAAACACAAUGUUCAAUCUCUAUCCUCGAGGGAACAACAAGAGCAACUUUGUUACAAUACCUUUGGACUCGUACGUGUCUCCGUUGUUGUGCAUAUACUACUACGAGAUCACGGUCAUCAAAGGCAUUGAGGACGAAUGCGACAUUGUGAUUGGCUAUGUGAAAGAUGAGAUUAAAAACAUAGCUUACACGUCUUCUUCAAUGAUUGAUUUGCGGGGGACGGACGAUCGUGCCGUAGGGUGGUAUGGCAAGAACGGCAUUUUCACGCUAUGGAAUGACAAAAGAAUUGAGAAGUCGGCAUGUCGUUUUGGCAAAGGCGAUGUGGUCGGCAUGGGAUACAACCUAUACAGAGAUGUUUUUUUCAUUACCAAAAAUGGGCUUUUAGUGUCUGAGUUGCCGUCCCUCGGGAAGUUCUUAGACAAGAGCUUUGAAGGACGUAAAAACGUGCGAGGGUUUGUUCCCAGUGUGAGUUUAGGAUCAUGGUGCAAGGUGAGAAUAAACUUGGGCGAUGCGGAGGACAAACAAAAGGGAUUCCGGUUUGAUAUAGAGUCAUACGUGAAGAAAAACAAGUACAAUUUCGUAGAUAAGAUCAAGCUUUCCAAGAUUCCACCGUUCAGCCUUCCCAAUAAAAAGGUGGUCAAAAAUGACCUUGAUUUAACACAUUAUGUCGAUGAGUUGGUUAUCGGAUUCUUGAAGUACGGAGGAUAUUUGGAUACAGUCAAGGAGAUGCAAGAGGAUUUGAAGGCCUUAAAAAGAAAAGAAGACCCAGAAGAUGGAUACAUGGCGGGACUCGGCAAGGCCGACAAUAUGCUUUUGGAGUUGUGUCAUUUGAAGAAGAUGGUAAAAAAAUACGUGAUGGCAGACGAACUCCUCAAGGUGAGAAAUCUGCUGGAGACAAAGUACCCGGGCUUCUUUACGACCUACAGGAAAAUCAACUUCAGGUUGAAAAUCUUGAAGCUGAUUCGGAUGCUCAUUUCGGAGAAGACAGACAUCUUGAAAUGCGUGAAGUUUGCGUCACAACUCAAGAAUCUUUUCAAGGAAGAAGAUUGCCAGUACUACAUCGAUCAAGUUUCGGUCUUGUUUUCACACGAGAACCCGCGGAACUGUCCCGAGUUCCAUCUGUACUACGACGACAACAAGACCAAGAUCAUCCAUGCGAUUAUCAUGGCAAUUAACGAGCAGAACCGUCUUCCGUUCAUCUCCUCUUUGGACUUAGUGAUAUUGCGAACCGACCAGAAUUUGGAAGCGUAUGUGGACAAAGUCCAGAACGGGGACAAAGGCCCCUUGCUCAUCAACAUGCUCGAGGACUACAUCAAAUUUUGA